AGGGGGAAAGGCCACCAGAGAAAUCCAGAAGCUUUAUAUAACUGUCUGAAAAUGAGAAGUGCGAAGUGGAAGGAGAUGCGCCGAGACGCAAAGCGAAACAAGGCGAGAGUGGAAGUUAUUAGGGUUGAGUAAGAGCACAGCGGAAAGCUAUUGCCACGAAAAGACCCCGAUUCCGUGGAAUAACACGCACGAGGGGGACUUAAAAGGAUCCCAAAGAGCUAAGAGACGCAUUUUAAAAGGGCAAAAAAACAAGGUCGCCAGCCAUGGGGAACCUCAUUAAGGUCCUUGGCAAGGAUUUAGAGAACUGUCCUCAUUUUUUCCUGGACUUUGAAAGGGGCUCAUGGGAAACCUCCUGAAAGUGCUGGCUUGCGCCGAACUUGAGCAUGGCCCAAUAGUUUUCCUUGACUUUGAACAUGCCCAGCCUACAGAGGCCGAGACAGCCGUGUGGAACCAGGUCAGCGCCGUUCUGGAGGAAGCCCACGGGAUCCUGGCCGAGCUGCAAUCCUACAACGGCGCCGGGCAGGAGAUACGAGAAGCCAUUCAGAACCCGGGCGACCUGGCUCUACAAGAGAAGGCCUGGAACGCCGUGUGUCCUCUGGUGGCCAAGCUGAAGCGCUUCUAUGAGUUUUCCCUGCGCCUGGAGAACGCCUUGCGCAGCCUGCUGGAGGCGCUGACGAGCCCGCCUUACGCCCCCAUGCAACACUUGGAACGAGAGCAGGCCCUGGCCAAGCAGUUUGCCGAGAUUCUGCAUUUUACGCUCAGCUUUGAUGAGCUCAAGAUGACAAAUCCAGCCAUUCAGAAUGACUUCAGCUACUACAGGAGGACCAUUAGCAGGAACAGGCUGAACAACCAGCAGUUGGAAGCGGAAAACGAGGUGAACAACGAGAUGGCCAACCGCAUGUCGUUGUUCUACGCCGAGGCCACGCCCAUGUUGAAGACCCUGAGCAACGCCACCACAAAGUUUGUCUCAGAGAACAAGACCUUACCCAUCGAGGACACCACGGACUGUCUGAGCACCAUGGCGUGUGUAUGCCGUGUCAUGCUCGAGACCCCGGAGUACCGCUGCCGGUUCACCAACACAGACACCAUGUUGUUCUGCAUGAGGGUGAUGGUGGGCGUCAUCAUCCUCUAUGACCACGUGCACCCCGUCGGGGCGUUUGCAAAGACCUCCAAAAUUGACAUGAAGGGCUGCAUCAAGGUCCUGAAAGAGCAGCCGUCCAAUAGUGUGGAGGGACUUCUCAACGCGCUGAGGUAUACGACACGGCAUCUAAACGACGACAGCACCUCCAAACAGAUCCGGGCGCUGCUGCAAUGAACGAGGGAUGCGGGGAUGGGCGCGCACGGAAAACAAAAGAAAGCGCCAAACAUCAACCAAGGGCCACGACAAAUAGCUCCGAGAAUAAUAACACGAAGAGGAAAAAGAAUUCUAUUUAUUGUCAGCUGUCCACCAUUCUGUCUCUUGUUUUGUAAAGAAAAUAGAGAUGAUUAAAAAAGGCAGAAAAUAUCAAAUAUAUAUAUUAAAAAAAAAAAAAAGACAAGCAGCAGAUUAAAAAUAAGUAGAAUUACCGACAAGAGAGGACGCUUUUAUUGCCAAUUUAGGUGCGAAUCGACGCAAAGCUGACACUUAAUUCCUGCUGUAGUCUAGACGAGUAAGUUUUGCACAGCAUCUUUUUGGAUUCUCCCGCUGGGCUGAUGUCACGGUGAAGCAAUGUGAUGGACCAUUUCCGGAGAAUUGCUUUGCAAUACUUUUGAGUGUUGAGCAUCAACCCAGUGGAAAGAAGUCACGGUUCAUUCUUUUCACUCCAUUCAUUGAUUGACGUUGCAGGCUUUUACUUGAACGACUUAGUUGAGUCUCUCGCUCUCUGCACGGGUGCUGACGUGCUUUUAGCUAUCACUGUGCUUACUCGUCAUCCAGCUGAGGACUGUUUGUUUUCAAAGUGCUUUUUUUUUUAAUUUCUGAAGCCUUAGCAUUGCUUUCUGCUAGCCAGACAAGUUACCAGAAGGACAUUCAUCACCCUCCUGUUAUUGGUUCUCGGAAACAACAAUCAUUUGAAUGAUGGCACACCGCAAUUUAAGAUUCAAAUUCAAAUGUAUUUACAUUUAACACUGAAAAGCUAUUUGAAAUUUCUUUCAACACCUUAAAAGUGUGUUCAUUUGAUCUGCAAAAAAAAAAUAGGAGACAUUAUUCUCACUUUGACAUGCUUCAUCAAAUGUGACAAGAAAAAAAAUGCAUUCAGUCA